ACAAGGAUCUCCAGGCUGCGGCUACGCUGUGUCUUGCAAAGCUCAUGUGCGUUUCUUCCGAAUACUGCGAGGCCAAUCUUCCCCUUCUCAUCACAAUUAUGGAACGAUCUCCCGACCCUACUGUUCGAUCGAAUGCCGUCAUUGCGCUGGGUGACAUGGCAGUUUGCUUCAACCAUCUGAUUGAUGAGAAUACGGAUUUCUUGUAUCGCCGCCUGGCAGAUACAGACGUAUCCGUAAAGCGGACCUGCUUGAUGACGUUGACGUUUUUGAUUCUGGCUGGUCAGGUCAAGGUCAAGGGUCAACUCGGCGAAAUGGCCAAGUGUAUGGAGGACGAAGAUAGACGGAUUGCCGAUCUCGCAAAGAUGUUCUUUACGGAGCUCAGCACCAAGGACAAUGCGGUAUACAACCAUUUUGUGGACAUGUUUAGCUUGCUGAGUGCUGGCAAUAUGGAGGAAGAGAGCUUCAAGCGCAUCAUUAGAUUCCUGCUCGGAUUUGUUGAAAAGGACAAACACGCCAAACAGCUGGCUGAAAAGCUGGCGGCAAGACUGAAUCGCUGCGAGACGGAGCGGCAGUGGAACGACGUUGCGUUUGCUUUGGGUUUGCUGCAGCAUAAGAACGAGGAGAUUACGAAACUAGUGUCUGAGGGUUUCAAGGUCGUGCAGGCCGCCGCUUGAGGGGUAUCUUGACUGGGUGAUUGAGGCGCAUGUAGCGAGGGAGACAUUAUUUUACUGUAUUUGUUUAAUUUUAGAUGGGCAGGUACUUGGCCUAUGACGGAUCAUUUAUGAAUGCAACGCGGUUAUGAAGUCUAGAAUGUUGCAGCGCGGGAUCUAAUUCGUGUCUUCUAGGGUAGUUGCUAUGACGCAUGUGCUUUGCUGUGCAACACGUCGAUUAUUUGCUACCAGGGUAUUUGCGGAGAAGUUUUUUUUUCCAGACUGGGCUUUGUAUCUAAAUAGGUAUUGUUUUGCGCAUAAAUGGCUUCCUCUUCACACCCUUUGUUUUAGAAGUGCAGCUAAGUACAUGGCAGGUACAUGAGUAUAUUUCUAUAAAUGCUAGAAGCUAACAAUAAACAGGGGGAAAAGUAGCGUAAACAUAAGGGGAAAACAGCUCCGCUAUAACUAUGCGCGCCAUUGGAGUAGUACUUAUUACUCAUCAAAAGAGUCGAGAAAGCGAGCAUCGGGAAUGGCGCCGAGACUCGCGCAAUUCUAAAGCAUUCGCGAAAUGCUGUAAUAAUUAAUAUUCGGCUUGUCGCAAAAAUUUCACCGAUUUCUAAAUCUGCCGUCGCCGACCAUUCUUGUCUCCAUUCUUGUCUGCCCAGGCUCGCCCCAUCUUUAAAAUGUCUGAACCCUCCGGCAUCGACUGGAACACUGGUGAUAAGUCGGCAAUGGUUUCAAUUGGCAGCCACAAACUCUAUCUGUCUGCCUCGGGCCAGGACCGCAAACCCGGCCAGCCAAUAAUCCUCUUGAUGCAAGGUAUGGCAAGCACGAUUGAUGAAUGGGUUCUCGUCAAGCGCCUCGUUUCUCCAUUUGCGCGCUGGGUCGAGUAUGACCGUUCUGGCCUGGGCAGGAGUGAAGAUGCCGUUGAAACGCGUGAAGAAAUCAGCGCUGCAUCUGUUGCGGCAGAUUUGGGCCUUCUCCUCGAAACAGCUGGGGUCGCUCCUCCUUACGUUAUUGUGGCCCAUUCGUGGGGAGGACUCACUUCUCGAGAGUUUAUUCAUUUGCAGGAGAAAAAUGUUGCCGGUAUCGUGUUUGUUGAUGCUGUUACUGAGUUCAGCAAAGUCCGUGAGGAGCUAGUAUCUGCGGAGCCGUAUCUUCCAGCGUUACACAAGGACGUCGAGUUUCUUCCUAUUUCAUCUCUUACGCGGGACUUGAAACUGUCUCCUGAGGAAUGGGCUGCUGUUCGGAAGCAGGGUGAUAGCGCCAGAACAUCAGUCGUCGAGGCUGCCGAACUAAAGGCAUCCUGGGGAGACAAGCCGGUGCUGAUGGCAAAGAAGCAAGGCGAAAAUCAAGUCCUCGGAAACAGACCCGUGAGUGUUCUCGCGGCAAAUAAUGCGAUGGAUCUCCAGACACGGUUCGAUGCUGGUGUUGCUGCUGGAAACGGUACUGAAGAAGAGAGAGCACAGUAUAGAGUGUUAAUAGACAGGAUGUCAAAGGAAGAUAUCGACCAUCAGAAAGAGCAGUUAAAGUUGUCAAGUGUAGCAAGAUAUACUUUUACAGAGACAAACGGUCAUAAUGUUCAGAUGACAGACCCACAGCUAAUAGUAGACGAGAUUAGAUGGGUUUUAGAUCAUGUUAUUGUAUAG